CUGAGGAGUGGAGAUCUUUGAGGUGGGAGAGAUGGCCUCUUCUCUUCUUCUGUUGGUGAACAAAAAACAACGAAGAAAAGACUUUCAAGCGUGAAACUCGAACUAAGUAAAGAAAUACUCCUGUGGGGCCACUUUCCAAUGGUGAUCGUUAACUCCUACCUGUAUGGCACGUCGAAUUCACACGCCGUUGAACGUUUUUGUAUGACUCACUAACAGUUCGCAGAGUCUUCAAUAUCGACGACCUCCAUCGCUGGUGCUUUGUUACCGUCGCUCUGUGAUUUUCUUUCUAAUUUGUGGAAUUGUGGUGAAGUUUCUUGGAAUAAAAACGAUUUUUCGAAGAAUUUUAACUAAAAGAGUUAUUCAAAAAUGAUUGAAAUAAAGAAAUUUAUCUGCGGUUUAAGCUUAAAACACGGAACGAUUAUAAUCGGAGUUGUUCAAAGUAUAGCUUCGUUUAUGUUUUUGGCUUUAAGUGCUGCUUAUGCUGAAAAUCCUCAUGAACUCGUCGAUAUGUCCGAUCCAUCUCUUAUUCCAGCACAAAAAGUCGUUUUGCGUGCAAUUUUAAUAUGUAUUGCGACUGGGAGCGCUCUUCAUUGUGCUUUUUCGAUUUUACUCAUUUUUGGAGCUGAAACGAAUCGACCAUAUUUGUUGCUUCCUUGGUUAAUCAUCAACCCAAUAACCGUACUUGCCUAUGUAAUUUGUGCUUUUGUAGCUGUUAUUUAUUACACAGGACCCAGUCAAAUUAUCUUCUUCAUUACCCAAGUGGUGAUCACAUUGUUGUUGGCAUUUACUCUGGGAUACAAAAUACUCGUUGUGCAGAACUUUUACAAGUUCCUGAAAAGCUUAAACUUUUAAAACUAUAAAGGUUUUCUUUCAAACUUUUAACCAGUUUAUGAUUUUAUUUUAUUAUCUUAUUACACACUCAUUUAGAUGUUUUUUUAGCUAUUAUGUACUUAAGAUUUUUAAUUAUAAUGGUAGUAUUUAAUUUAAAUAAAAUAAUUAUAAAAUCGCA